CACCGGGCACCAUGGAGGAACCGUGGGAUUUUGAGUUUUUCUCCCGCAUCGCUGACAGCUGCUUGUCGUUCCUGUCCGAGUUUGUUGACGACUGGCUCGCCAACGACAUGAGAGUUUGCAUCUUCAAAAUCCUGCUCAGCUGGUUAAUUGUAAGUCUGGUCGCAAUUCACUUUGCAUGGAAAGUCUACGGGAAUACAGUCAACGACAUGUAUUAUCGACAAGGGACUGGACAGAACGGAGGCACACCUGACACAGCACCUCACCUGAGUGGAUGGGAAAGCAAAGCAGGAGAUGCCCCGAAGACUCAUCGAGAUUAACAGGACAAUGGUGUUGGAUUUUGGACUUUAUCCAAGUGAGAAAUGGACUCCAGUGAUGAGACAGUAAACGCACCUUUUAAAGUUCACUGAUAAUGAAGUAUCUUCAGUGCAUUCAUGGAUGCACUUUCUGGAAACUGCAUGGAAAAAACAUCUGUUAUCCAUACCAACAGUGUCACACUGAUCCACUGUAUCAACCACAUAGUGCUGUGAGAUAUUUAUUUUGGCUUGUCAACGUUGGUCAUUGAGAAGAACCUUACCCUCACUACUUAAAUAGUUCUGUUUGGCUAUUUAUACAAAGUUCUACAAAUGUGACAAAUGUUGCUGGGUUUGUGUGUAAAUUGCACUGUGAUGAUAGCGGAGUAAGCAUACAUAAACAUUUUCCAUUCUGACCAUGAGCAAAAUACUUGAUUUGAAUGAUGUAUGGAAGGAAAAUAGACCAGAUCCACCAAAAGCAGGUGUACAUCUUCCAUAAUUUUUGCCUGAAAUGUUUACCACAGUGUUUCUCAUAACAUGCAAGGAGCAUUGUGUGAGCUUAAUGGGAGAUAUACAUAGAUAUAAUAGAUAUGUUUGGCCUGAUUUGAGUGGUCAUCCCCUUUUGACUUUUUCACAUUUAACCAUUCUCACAGUGAAGUCCUGUAUCAAAGUGAAAACAAUCUCUACAAAUUUAUCAAAAUUAAGUUCAAAUAUACAAUUCAAAAGUAUUUAUUAGACGAGCAAAUUCACCCUGUUCAUGACACACUUGAAGUGCAUAAUUUGAAUUAAAAUCACCUGUGUGUAAUCAAGGUGUGACAGAUUAUGUAACAAUAUGUAUCUGAAAACCAUCAGCUGGUUAAUCAAUUUCUUGGCAAAAACUACACGAUGAAGCAAGAAAGCAAAACUAAAAAUUGCUUCAGAAUAACAAUUGAAAUGUCCUGUAGAGGUCCCUUAAAUGUCCAAACUUUAGUUCAAUUCAUAAUUUGAAGCAGAAGGACAUGAAGAUUGCUGUUCAUCCUGUCCCCAUCUCAGUCGGAAGUGCUUGAGCAGUUUUACAAAGAAUGGGGGGAAAAAUGCAUUAUUCAGAUUUGCAAAGCUGAAACCAACCUAUCCAUAUCGGGUAGAUUCAAAGUUGUGAUUACUGCCAAAAGUGCCUAGUCAAAUAAAUUAAAAAUAAAAAAAUAUGUCAAAGGGUUGUUGAAUGAGCCAUAUUACAAUCAGCUAUUAUAUCUGAAGUUGAAAAAAAGACAAGUUAGUGGUAGAAGCCAAUGUACUGCAGUGUGCAUUUACUGAAAUGUUAUGAUAUACAUAGUCUUGAACCGAACAACAAAAUCAUCAGCAUAUUGUAGAUAUCUGAAGAGACAAGGAGCAAAGAUCAUACAGCAUGUUUUGUGUAAAUAGCUUGAUUGAUAUUAAAUUUGCUGUGUUUGAAAAUA